GACCAAGCUGCAGCAACAGGGAAACUUCUCAGCCUGGCAGGAGCAGAGAUUUGGAUCCUAGUCAGCUAAACAGCUCUGACCCUCAGGCAGAGCCUUGGCUGAACCAUGACCGAGGAGCCCGGGCAGAAGGACAGCGAGCUCGGACACCCCCCCUGCAGCAUGGGCUGCGGGCACAAGGACGACAAAGCCAGCCUGGCUUCGAGCCAGACAGCAUCUUUCAGCCACCAGCCCCCCUCCACUCCUGCCUCCAAGGAAGUGUGGAAGAAGGGUGGCCGCAUGUUCUCCAUCCUGCUGGCCGUGCACUUGGCCCUGCUGGCCUGCACGCUGGUGAGCAGCGGGGCUUUCGAGAAGAUCGCCGUGCACGACUACGACGUCUUCUUCCUGCUGACAGUCAUGAUGCUGAUUGUCAUCAUCUGGAUCAUCUUCUACCUCGCAGGCACCUCCCGGUGCCCCGGUGCCAUCCUGGGCAAGGACUCCCACGCCGGGCCCAUCUGGCUGAGAGGAGGCCUGAUCCUAUUUGCCAUUUUCAGCCUUGUCAUGGAUGUGUUCAAAAUAGGAUAUUACUCGAGCUUCUAUAGCUGCCUGUCUGCAAUCAAAAUCAUCUACCCCAUUGUGCAGGCAAUAUUUGUGGUUGUCCAGACAUAUUUCCUGUGGGUCUCUGCCAAAGACUGCAUCCACGUGCACCUGAACGUUACCAGAUGUGGCUUGAUGCUAACGCUGACUACAAACCUGGCUGUGUGGAUGUCAGCAGUGACAGAUGAGUCUGUCCACAAGGCACAUUCAAAGCUGAAGAAAAACAUGACAGAGGAAAUCUUCAGGUGGCUCCUGAAAGUGGGAAUGAGAAGCAGCUCAGUUGAAGAAUGCAAUUGCAAGAGCCAAAUAUGCCAGAUCUUCAAAAAUGGCUACUUUUGGCUGUACCCCUUUAACAUUGAGUACAGUCUCUUUGCCUCUGCCAUGGUCUAUGUCAUGUGGAAGAAUGUUGGACGCUUCAUAGACCACCACUCCCACCACAUUCAGCGCCUGAAGUUCAGGCUCUUCCGAAGGACCUUCUUUGUAGGCAUCAUGUUGGGCCUCAUCAUCCUCGUGAGUGGUUUGGGAGUCCUCAUCCUGUACGAGGUGCAGGUAAAUUCCAGCACUGAAUCCAGCAAGAAGAGCCAAGCACUCACCAUGUACUACAUCUUCAACAUUGUUUGUCUGAGCCUGAUGUCUCUUGUCUGCAUCGGUGGCUCUGUCAUCUACCGGUUUGACAAGAGGGACAUGGACCGGCACAAGAACCCCACCAGGACCCUGGACGUGGCCCUGCUAAUGGGGGCAGCCUUGGGGCAAUAUGCCAUUUCCUACUACUCCAUUGUGGCCAUCGUGGCCAGCACGCCAAGGGACACUAUCAGCGCACUCAACCUUACCUACGCCCUCCUAAUGAUCGCCCAGCACACCUUCCAGAACGUCUUCAUCAUCGAGGGCCUCCACCGGCAGCCCCCCAAGGAGGACUGCAAGCACGAGUCUCACCAGAAGGACCUCUAUGGGCUCACCUUUGUGAACAUCAACGCUGUGUCCCUGCGGGUGCCCGACACUGGCAGCACCUUGGCCGCUGGUGUGGCAUCUGGCACGGAAGCCAUGCACGCUUCUGACCUCGUCAGGUCCCUCACUGCCCCCAAGAAGAUGAACUGGAGGAGGAAGUUCUUGAGGGAGAUCUCCAUGUUCCUGCUGCUGAGCAAUAUCAUACUCUGGAUCAUGCCAGCGUUCGGUGCCCGGCCCCAGUUUGACAAUGACACAGAACUGAACUUCUAUGGCGAUUCCAUGUGGCCGGCCAUCGUGGACAUUUGCCUGCCCUUUGGCAUCUUCUACCGAAUGCACGCUGUGGCCAGCUUGCUGGAGGUCUACAUCAUGUCCUAAAGAGCUCCCUUGCAAGGAAGAUGAGAUCCUCCUCAAGCAAUCCACCUUCUUCCUACCCAAGGGCUGGGAGCUGCCCAGAUGUCCCCA